ACUUGAGAAAUGAAGGGCAAAACUAACAACUUAUUCUUGCAUUAGAUACACCUACGAAGGACUACAUAUGAUAGCCAAAGUAGCAAAGAGCCAACGGAACAUGAACUUGUACUCUCUGGGAAUUCAAGAAAAGCCAUGUUCCAGUAUUUGGGAGCUGGGAUUGCAAUGAUGAUCUUCCGUUUACACAGUGCUUUGAGUCAGCAAGACAAGCUAGACUCCUGCGUUACAGCUACUCUGAAGAUCGUGAUCUCUAUGUCACUGGCGACUUGUGCUCUACCUACAAAAUACUGGUGUCAAAUUUCUACUUAUUAUGUGCAUGUCUUUAUACAAUUGCGAACAUCUUAUUAUUAUUUUUUUUAUCAUUUAGUUGUCGCAUUCUAAUCAUCAUCUAUAAUCUUGGCUUUUAGGAAUUUAGAAGUUCCUAAGACUUGGGCUGCCUCAGACAAUAUUGUUUAAUAUAAAAGUCUUUCAAAGACUGAAAAUCUUGGGCACUAACUCAAUGGUAUGACAUAUUAUAGUGUCGCUUUUUUUGUAAAUAUUAUAAAAAAAAAUAUCAGUGUAUAUCUUAUCUUUGGAACAGAAAUUGCGUUUUUUAUUCCAUAAUUAUCAGCAAUCAUACAUUUUUGAGUAAUAAAAAACGGGUACAGGGAUGCUGCAUGCUGUGUCCUGCUGAAAUGAAGGAAAAAUUGGAAGACAGGUUAUGAUUGCCAUCGUACUUGAACAAGUCCCAACGGCCUGAAAGUAACUUUUUCUUUUGCAAUUUUAAACAGGCAAAAGGAGGCUACCCACUUGUGGAAGACAGCAAAAAGGAAGGGUGGGUGGUUUGUGAGUGUGAAUAUGAAUAUGAGCAUGAUGUGAAAGAGUCACCAAGCCCUGUGCCUAAUGCUCCUCCACCAAGAAAGGCACCCAAGGCUGUGGAUGAAGAUCUCUACAACAUCUUUCCUGACCUUCUCUAUGCCAAUUCCAAAAGGCUUGGAAGAAGCCACUGGCUUGGUCAUCAUAUUUAUUAUCAGUAGAACAGGAGAUAAAGCAAAAGUGUCAGAACUCGUGAAGGAGGUGGCAAAAUUUGAUGACUUCAUGCUCUUGGAUAUCAAAGAGGAGUACAGGUUUUGGAUCUCGAUGUGCAAGACAAGGGCGGCUCCUUCAACUUGCUUGUGUUCAACUCGUAUAUUGAAUGUUUACAUAAUGCGCCAGUCAAAAGAAACUCUCAAAGGGAUGAGUCUAUCUUCUGAUUCUAUGCUUGAACAUUUACAGGAAGGGAAGGAGUUUGUGUUUAAACUCAAUCUGGGUAACCACAAAAUGUGUGGACUUAUUCGAAAUUAUGUUGUUGCCUUCACUUUUAUGUCAGAUUUUAACUUGAAAAAAACCCGAAGAAAGUUCUGUCUUUACAUGGAGACGUAUUUGGAUGGUUAGCAGCGCUUUCUGACACAGGCAUACUAUAAAAUAAAGACAAGAAAUUGCUGAAUUUUUUUAAUAAGCACGUGGUAAAUCGUAAAAUAUUGAUAUUUGAAACUCGAAAGUAUA